AAGAUGAAUCCGAUAGUUAACCUUUUUCCUUCACGAACAGUUUAAAAAUGAACUAUGCAACAAAACCAGAGUGACAAUGAUCCAGGGCGUUAUAAACCAGUUCCAUAAACCCUAAUCCAAUUCAUACUUGGAGCUUACUGACAGCGCAUACUCUAAAAGCAACGCAAUCGUCAGCAUAAACUAAAUUUGAAAUCGAUGCUGUUAUAUUUACAACAGGUCAAAAUAAGGAAGUGACAAUGCCAGAUCUACAGUCAGCUGUUAGCGACUUUGUAGUGAAGCUUAAGCGGCGGCAGGUUGAGGGUUCACAAGCUACUGCAAGAGAAACUGCAGUUCUACUUAGGUCGGUUAUCUCUCAACAACGUGUGCCACAUUCAAAUCAGGCUGCAUCGCUUAUCCAAGCUGUAAAAUCAGUGGGUGUACAACUCAUUGCUGCCAAUCCUGUUGAGCUAGCUGUUGGGAACAUUGUGAGACGUGUACUACAUCUUAUUCGUGAUGAGGAUGUAGCUUUGGCAACAACAGAUGUUGCAGGCCUAAAUGUCUCUACAGACAGUGACGAUGAAGCUGACACUCGACAUGAAAACUCCUCACAUCUAUCUGCAGCUGCUCUUGCUGCUGCAAAUAGAAAUACAUUACGAGCACCCUCCUUACACAAUCUUCUUGAAUCUAUACCCAUACCAGCAGUUGCUUCUUGUACAGCUUCUUCAGGAGGUGAUUCUGAAGGAAAAAGCAAAUCCGCUGACAAAAACUCAAAAAGCUGGAAACUAAAACAUGGUGUAAUUGAGGCCAUCAAUGAAUUGCUCGAAGAAAUUGAUAACUGCCACUCUCAGAUUGCAGAGCAAGCUUUGGAACAUAUUCAUCAGAACGAGGUGAUAUUAACGCUAGCACACUCAAGGACGGUUAUGAAAUUCCUUUGUGAGGCAAAGAAAAAGAGAUCUUUCCAAGUAUUUGUUGCAGAAGGUGCUCCAAGAUAUCAAGGGCAUGCUCUUGCCAAAGAGCUAGUUGCAAAAAAUUUACAAACAACUGUGAUCACAGAUUCGGCUGUCUUUGCUAUGAUAUCACGUGUGAAUAUGGUGAUAGUAGGUGCUCAUGCAGUCCUGGCCAAUGGGGGAGUGAUCGCACCAGUAGGACUGCAUAUGGUUGCACUUGCAGCACAUAGACAUGCUGUUCCAUUCGUUGUACUUGCUGGCACACACAAGCUAUGCCCUUUGUAUCCGCACAAUCCCGAGGUUUUGCUGAAUGACCUUAAAUCACCAUCAGACUUGCUGGACUAUGGAGAUUUGUCUGACUGUAUGGAUGGCGGAACUGGGAAUUCAAGAUUGCAUGUAGUCAACCCAACAUUUGACUAUGUUCCACCACAGCUUGUGAGCCUUUUCAUCACUGAUACUGGAGGACACAAUCCUUCAUACAUGUAUCGUUUGAUAGCAGAUUAUUACACUCCUGAUGACUAUGCUCUCCAAGAGCCUUUAGAGAUUAGAUAGUGAUGCUGCUUGUGUAACUUUACAUUGUUUUGAUGGUUCUCAUUUUGUAUGGACCAUAUUCGGUUUGAUUGAACCUAUUCUUGAGUAGUUUCUGACUGUCCCAGAAAUGGAUGGUGUAGUGUAAUCAGAUGCAUAAUGAUUUUGAAAGUAUUAAUGAUUACUGGCAACCUAAAAGGGUCUGUCCAGAAUUUUGGUCUUCUAAAUUGUGGCUAUGCAGCAAUGAAAUGUUAAGUCCCUCUACAUCACAAAAAAAGAAGGGAAAGGGAAGGAGAGGGUAAAUGUGAUAACUACUCUUCUUCCUGCCAAAUAAUACUCUGUGCUACCAAACUUGGUGUUUAUCUGAGCCUGAAAUAUCGAGGCCACAAUUUACUCAUAUAUGAGUGCGAACUAAAUAACAAAUUUAUGAUUUUAAGUAUAA